GCCAAAUCCAGUGUGUCUCACCCAACUAUGGGCAUGGAGGUGCAAGGGCACCACUCUCACCAUUGAGUGGGCAUCUGGCUCAUUUUAGCAUUGCUACGGGGGGAUCACCACCAAAAAAUCUGGACUGAGCUUUGCUAACAGAUUAAGUGACCACGACAUGCAGAAUAUUGGCUGUGCUGUUUGGAUUAAACUGAACUGAUCUCAUAUUCUAACAAAGAAAGGGAACUUAAAGGAUUUACACAAAGUUACCUAUUUUUUCACAGGUCAUCUGAAGCUCCAGCAGUUUCAGUCUGAUACUCAGCACCUCUUUCAGAACAUUUCGACAACGUUCGGACACUUCUGCAUUUUUUCCACACUCUACUAGUCUUCCCUUUUCUUGGGUUUACACCACAAUACUCUUUCACAAUGGUUGUGGGUAAGAUGAAGUUCACUUUUCAGAAAAGGGUCAAGCUGGCCCAGGGUUUAUGGCUGCUCUCAUGGUUGGCAACUCUGGGUGGAGCAGUUACCUUCACUUUAGGAUGCUUCCUAAAGACUGAGCUUCGAAGGAGGGGAGAGGUAAUGGACAACACAGACAUCCACUGUGUGCCCAACACCCUGAUGAUUGUGGGUCUUGCUUCGAUGGGCAUCAAUUACUUUGCCAGUCGAAUCUGCCAGGAUGCCCUAGAUCCUGGGCGUUUCCCACGAUGGAAGACCUUCCUGAAGCCCUAUUUUGGAUGCUCAGUAUUCUUCACCACCCUCAUGCUGAUUUCAGUCAUCUUGAGUUACGCCAUGAAGGGCAGCCUGGAGACCUCCCUUAAAAUCGGCUUGAAGAAUGGCAUCCGCUUCUACAAGGACACAGACACUCCAGGCCGCUGCUUUCAGAAGCAGACCAUUGAUCACCUUCAGAUGGAGUUCCAAUGCUGUGGUAAUAACGACUACAAGGAUUGGUUUGAGGUGCAGUGGAUCAGCAACCGUUACCUGGAUUUCAGCUCUAAGGAAGUUAAGGACUGCAUUAAAAGCAAUGUGGAUGGCCGUUACUUGGUUGAUGGUGUGCCCUUUAGUUGCUGUAACCCUAGUUCUCCCAGACCCUGUAUCCAAUACAAAAUCACCAACAACACUGCCCACUACAACUACGACCACCAGACCGAAGAACUCAACAUCUUCAUUCGUGGUUGCAGAGAAGCCCUGGUCAACUAUUACAUGGGGCUGAUGAACACUAUUGGAGCUGUAGUUCUGUCUGUCUUCCUGCUUCAGAGCUCCGUGUUGGCCAGUGUGCGCCUCCUGCAGACGUCUAUGGAGGCUGUCGCUGGACAGGAGAAUGUGGAGAUUGAAACCGAGGGCUACUUGCUUGAGAAGGGAGUGAAGGAGACCUUCAUGGAGUAUGUGGAUCCUGUGCUGAAACUCCUGUUGCUGAACCAGGUAACACCUCCUGAAGCCAAACCAGAAGCAGGGGCCACUGGAACAACCACCACCACCAGCUAAAGAGUCAGAUUUAUCUGACCACUGAAAUGUUUCAAGUUGGAGGCUAAGAGUGCUGACAACUAAUCAAAUAAUUCACGUUUUGGUAUUUUUUAUAUAUCAGUCUUAAUGACCUACAUCUCAAAGAGUUGUAUAUUUCAUUAAUGCACUAAAUGGUUGUUUCUAAAAUAAAUUAACAUUCUAAAAUUCUAAAAUAAAUUAAUAAAUGAUUUAUGGCAAACAUAUGAUAUUGUUAGUCUUGGUGUGAGUGAAUGUCUGUUCAUUCCUGUCAGGGGGAACUUGGUGCAGCUAUGCCUGGGAAAUGACUAGCAUUAUGCUUACAAUUCCACCAUGAAUGGUUAAAUAUUUGAAUGACUGAGCAGUUUCUUAACAGAAAGUUCUAUUUUAUUUCUUCCCAUUUACAAAAUGUCAUACACCUAAAAGAGGCUGAUUUUGUAAUAUAGCCUAUGUUGUAAUACUACGCUACCACAUGGAUGUAUGUAAAUGAAUGGAAUAACAGAAAUAUGAAAAUCAAUACCCUUGUGAAAAAGAAGUGUGCUUAACUGUAGUGAAUAUGCACUUGUAGUUUACUUCAAAUCUUAAAAGUAUAUUUAAAAAAAACUGAACUUGCAGGUAAUAUAACAUUAAUAAAAUAAAAGCCCACUGAAGUGUACUUAGUCAAGUUUCAUAACAAUGUUUCUUAAGUACACUUUAAAAAAGUGCACUUUGUUAUAAUGUCAGGUUAGGUUUUUUCAUUCUUAACCGGGGUACACUUAUUUUGAUGCAUUGACUAGCCUACUGAAACAUGUGUAAAGGAUUUUAUCUUAAUUUUUAUUGCAACUUCAUCAUUACACAGUGUAAUAACACAUAAAUGUAAAUACAUGACAUAUAUGUUUCAAUAGAAAUGACUGAAAAGUAUAUUUUAGUUUUCCAUGAAUAUUUGUCAGUACAUUUAACACACUUUAACCAUGGACAAUCUAUGUAAUUAUGAAAUUACAUAUAAAGAUGUACUUAAGUGGGUCAAAAAAGCAUUCGUAAAUUACUAAUUGCAACAAAUAUUUAAACUAUAUUUUCAUUUAAUUAUAAAUAACAUGCAGUUAAGUAUCCAAAAACAUUAAAUUCAAUUUGGACUUAAGUAAAUUCUUUUAAAGUAUAUUAUUUCUGUAAUAAGUACUCUUUUUAAAAGUAUGCUGAAGUGAACUUCUUUUUCACAAGGGCCCCUUCUAAUAAGCCCCUUCUAAUCAUCUGAAUCUUACACUGUAUACUACCCAGGCAUGAGAAAAUAAAACUUUCUAUUCCAAAACAAAGUUUUUGUUUUAACCAGCCACGACCUUCACACAUGCCAGGACACAUUUUUAUUUGAUUUCUACGUCUUUGGCUUCACACUGGGUAGCCCGCCUAUAAAGAAAUCUCACUGGACUAAAAUCUCCACAUUGCUGUAAUGUAUAUUAAGUUCUAAUAGGUUUUGAUUGCACAGUAUUUUUGCUUGCAGUGUGGACAGGUAAAUGAUUUGAUGCUGGAAAUUAUUAAUUAAAAUAUAUAUUAUAUGUAUUAUAAAAUAUAUAAUAUAUCUGAAGAAACACGAUUUCAUAUUUUCAUAUUCUUCAUUAUUUUUUUCUCAUCCAAUGUUAAUUGCAUGUUGUAAACAUAAAUACUUUCACUGUCAUUAAGCCUUUUUUGUUUUGCAUUCAGCAUGGAAUUAAAUGCAUUGUCAGUGUUAAAAGAUGGUGUAGAUGAUGCUCAGUGCUCUGCUAUGAAACACUGUACUGCAUUCGCAGAACUGUCAGAAAACUGUCAGGUCUAAUAAAAUCUGACAUUUUGAA